AUGAUUGGAAACCAAGGGCAAACAUUAAAAAAACAGUUUCACAAAGGCGAAAUAUCCUUGGAAAAUCAAGAGGAAAUCACAAAAUUGUCGGAAACAUUUUAUGUGAAAAGAACAUCCAUUGAACACCUUACUAACCUCCAGUUGACAAAGAACAUUCAUGCAAAUACCAGAGAAGAAGAGCAGAGACAAAGGAAAGAAAAAGAAUACAAUGCGUAUGACUGGUUGAACUUGGUAUUGGAAGGAAAACUUAAUACACUGAAGGUAUGUGAAUUGGAUAAGUACAUUGAUGAAAACAAGUUAUGUAAGAAAGGAAAGAAAAAAGAUAAACUGAGUGCAAUAAACUGA